AUGGUCAUUGAACAAACUAACGGGAACCUCACCCUGGAGGACGACGAAGGCUUGCGCAUUAAAAGACACGUAUCCCAGACGAAGCGGGCGCACAAGUGGCGAGGUGAAUCCCCCGAACACGGCGUUCGGUCUAGUACAGCAAACGAUUCGCCGCAAUCCGAAGAGGCCGUGCGGCCAAAUGCAUCUGCAUAUCCACUCCAACCUGGUGGCAGCGGCCGGCGAAGCGCUAUACCCGACCUGUCCCGAUCCGGACAGGAGGCUCGUCCUUCCAGGCAGAAGCAGGUUCCACUCUAUCUGCAAGACUAUGUGCGGCUGGUGGAGGAGGACUUGGCGUAUCAGAAAGCGAAACAGAAUUGAUUUUUGUUUCACAGCAUUCCGGUCCGGUUAGAAAUCGACGAUUCGAGGAGAUUCUUCGGUUUAAUUUUUUUUUUGUUUGUGCACAACGAUUUGACAAGCAAAGGGCUCAAAGAAUAAAGGGUUCAAAACAACAAUUUCUAGCUU